AUGGUUUCGGCAUCUUUCGGGUGUCUUCGGAUGACGCGUCAUAUAUUGGCCACAUCUUUCCCCGUUGCCUGCCGCCUCUCCUCGCUCUCAUUUCCAGCUGCUCGGGGUUCACCGCUUACUGAACCUCCCGCUACGCGGGGCUACGUGGAGGUUUCGUGGAUCAGACGAAAAGACUAUCGACUUCUUACGGUGGGAUUAGCUACAUACAGCAGCGAUGACAGAUUCUUCACUGCCCAUGUGCGGGGGCCUCAGGACUGGGCGCUGCACGUGAGGUUCGCGCAGGCGCAAGACGCAGGGCUGUACGAGUGCCAGGUGUCCACGCACCCGCCCGCCUCCCUCUUCACCGAGCUGCAACUCGUGGGUAAGUUGACCAUCACAUUACAAUCACGCGAUCACUUUUCAUCUACUCGGUCACAAUUCAACUACACCAAUACGUUUCAAUUACAUGCUCAGAUUUCAACACUAUCACAUUUCGACUUUUUUAUGUGCAAUCUAAAAUUCAUUCAAUUAAAAAAGGUGUUCACUUCACUUCUCUACAAUGUAUUCAGCAUUCUACGUGAUUACACUAUGACGUCGUGGGAAUCUCACUACAAAUCAGGGAAAAGAGCACAACUAUUUACAGAGGUGUAUUUACAGUAA